CGCAAUCGCCUCCCUCCCUCUCUAUUUAUACACCACCAAUACCUGUGGCCCCUCCUCUCCACCCCGCGCCUCACCGGAGCUCCGCCGCCGCCGCCGCCGCCGCACCUGCCGUACCUGCCGUACCCGCCGCCUUUCGCCCGUCCAAUGCCCUUGGAGACACCGCAAGACGCCGCGUCUUCCUGAGGCUUCGACGCCGCAAGCCCGCGUUGCACGGGGUUCGGAGGAGGAGGAGGAGGAGAGGUGGUGGUGGGUGAGGAGGAGCGGAGGAGAUGGGGGCCGCGCGGGGGGUGGCGCGUGUGCGGAGGGAGGCGCUCUCCGCGUGCAUAACGUGCCCGCUCUGCCAGGGCCUCCUGCGGGAGGCCACCGCCAUAGCCGAGUGCCUCCACACAUUUUGCCGGGAGUGCAUUAUGGAUAAAAUAAAUGAUGACGAUGGCGAUUGCUGCCCAGUUUGCAGCAUUGAUCUUGGCUGCGAUCCUGAAGAGAAACUCAGGCCUGACCACAACCUUCAAGAUAUCAGGAAUAAGCUAUUUCCAAUAAAGAGGAGAAAAGUUGGUUCUCCAAGGGAUCCAACUGUUACAUUGCCAGCAAAGAGAAAACAGAGGUCCCUUUCUUCCUUGGUGGUUGACACUCCAAGGGUAGUGAUAAAGACUGGUUUGACAGGAAAGAGAUCCAAAGCUACAAGAAGGACACCAGCCUCUCGUGCAACUUCUCCCGGUAAUAAUGGAACCAUGAAAUUACCAACUAAAUCUGAAAGUCUGGAUCAGAAGACCGAGAAAAGCUCAGCACUACAAUCUGCUAAGGUGGCAACAGCGGCAAAUAAAAAGCAGCGAAAAACAGAUGUAAAGGCCUCAAGCAAGCUAUCGUUGGAAGAUAGAAAGAAUGUCAAGACAACUGAUAAGCAAGAGCUUCGAAAACCUUUGAAUCGUUUGGUUGAUGAUGCAAGCAAGACGAAAGCACCUAGAUCAAAUCCCAAAAUUCAUGCCGUCAAGGAAGAGCAAAUAAAGAAAAAAGAGGGUGAACUCCUUAUAUGGAAAGAAGACACAGAAAACGAAGCGGUUAAUUCUGCAACAAGGGUGAGAGCACAUUCAAAUAAGUCAAAACUUAAAGAGGAAAAUAACGGCAGUUCUUCAGAGCCUGCAUCAUCAAAAGAGAAAAUGAUAACAGAGGAUAAUUUGAAGCAAGAAUUGCUUGGUUCUGAAAGCACCAAUACUUUGCAUGGUGCAAUAACUACCCCAGUCUGGUUUUCGCUAGUUGCUUCGCCUAAUCAGAAAGAAGAUACACAGCUGCCUCAGCUAUCAAAGAGUUAUUUGAGAAUUAAAGACAGAAGUUUGCAGAUCUCCUCGGUCCAGAGGUACAUCAUGAACAAACUUGACCUGGCAAGUGAAGAUGAGGUAGAGAUCUCAUGCUACGGUGAGGUGAUCUGCCCCUCGAGCACGCUGCACGGUCUGGUCGACCUGUGGCUGCGGAGAGAGCCGGCAGAGCCCGUCCAGGCGUCGCUGGGCGCGGCAGCCAAAGGGUUCGUCAUGGUGCUGAGCUACCGCCGCCGACGGCGAGCCCCGGCCCCUUAGCCGCACCCUCGCCGUGCCCUCCAGCGCACUGCAGCAUUCUGCAGGGCAACUGCACCGCCGUGGAGCCUGAACUGAACUGCUCCGUCCGCUCUUGUCCAUCCUCUGUCAAGAUAAGGAAAAAAAGGAAAUUACAAAAAAAAAACCUGAUUUCUUAGACCAUGUAAAGAAGGAGAAGAGAAAGAAAUUAGCGUAUCAGCAGUCUAUGAUAAGUACCGUAAGUACGUUUACAUUUUAUAGUUCUGAUGAAAAAAUUAGGGUGAAAUCGA